AUGGCUUCCCACUUCGUAUUCCCCCAAACCCUUCGAUCUCUCGAACAGGACUACGACGACAACCGCCUCUCCGUUCAGAAUCCUACUGAAAUCGCCUCUCUUCCUCCAUCUCAACUCGAAGAAUUCGUCAAAGGAAUUUCCUUUGAUCUUUCCGAUAAGGACCUCUUCUGCGUCGAAGAGCAGGAUACUUUCGACCGUGUGUACUCUUUGAUUCGAGACUACAAACACCUCUCUCCCUCCUGUAAGUUGAAUAUUGUUGAGAGUCUCCGCUCCAAUUUCAGUGUUCUUCUUCCCAACAUUGAUUCCCUUGCACGUGCUUCCCCAAGUAAUGAUGGCGACGCUCCGGUGCUCGAUCAGAUUGCGUCGCAUCGUAAUGCUUUUAAAAUCUAUACGUUUUUCCUCCUCAAUAUCGUCACCAGUGAGGAAUCUAGUUCUAGUAGUAGCAACAAUUCAAAGGUAACCGCUAGUACUCGGAAGAAAAUGCCCAGAAGUUCAUGGAAUUGGGAACUGCAGAGGGCCCGUAUAUUAAACUUGAUUGCUAAUUCACUGGAGAUCAAUAUCUCGUUGCUCUUUGGUUCUCAAGACCCAGAUGAGAACUAUCUGUCUUUUAUUGCAAAAAACGUGUUCUCAAUGUUCGAGAAUCCAGUCCUUUUGAAGGACGUUGACACAAAGGAUGCUCUGUGUCGUGUAAUUGGUGCUUGUUCUACAAAAUAUCACUUUACGACCCAAUCGUGUGCCUCAAUUAUGCACCUUAUUCACAAGUAUGAUUAUGUUGUGACCCACAUGGCUGAUGCUGUUUCUGGGGCAGAGAAGAAAUAUUCUGAUGGAAUCCUGGCACUCUCUCUUAUUAGAGACGUUGGAAGGACUAGCCCGAAAGAAUAUGUUAAAGAUACAGCUGGGGCUGAUAACAUAGGGCGAUUCCUAGUAGAGCUUGCUGACAGGCUCCCAAAGUUGUUCUCAACAAACAUUGGACUUCUGAUUCCACAUUUUGGUGGGGAAUCCUAUAAAAUAAGAAAUGCUCUGGUGGGGGUUCUUGGUAAGUUGAUUGUUAAAGCAUUUUGUGACAUUGAAGGUGAACAGAGUUUUAAAUCAGUUCGUCUUCGGAGCAAGCAGGCAAUGCUAGAAAUCUUGCUUGAACGUUGUCGGGAUGUUUCAGCUUACACUAGGAGUCGAGUUCUUCAGGUUUGGGCUGAACUAUGUGAAGAACAUUCUGUUUCUAUCGGUUUGUGGAAUGAAGUAGCAGCAGUUGCUGCUGGAAGGUUGGAGGACAAGAGUGCAAUUGUCAGAAAAUCUGCGCUGCAAUUGCUCAUCACUAUGUUGCAGCAUAACCCAUUUGGUCCACAGCUGCGAGUAGUUUCAUUUGAAGCCACUUUAGAGCAGUAUAAGAAGAAAUUAGAUGAGCUUGAACCAAACAAGUCCUCAGAGAAUGAGGAAGGUGGCUCACCAUUUGAUGACAAUAUCUCUAAUGGUGAUGGUGAAGUUGUUAAUGGCCAUAUAGAAGGUGAGGGUGGAAACCAGCAGGAUAGUUUAACCGAUAGUUAUCCUCCUCAAAUGGAGGAAGAGGUUGUUCAGAAGGACAAUUUGACUUUGGAUGUUGGAAACAUGGAGCAGAUCAGGGCUUUGGUUGCAUCACUGGAGGCUGGUCUGAGGUUUUCGACAUGUAUAUCAGAAGUAAUGCCAAUACUUGUUCAGUUAAUGGCUUCUUCUUCCGUUACUGAUGUUGAGAAUACAAUUCUUUUGUUGAUGAGGUGCAGACAAUUCCAAAUAGAUGGCUCAGAGGCUUGUCUCCGUAAAAUGUUGCCAUUGGCUUUUUCUCAAGAUAAAUCUAUAUAUGAAGCUGUUGAGAAUGCCUUCAUAACAAUAUAUAUAACAAAGAACCCAAUUGAAACUGCCAAAAAUCUUCUACAUCUUGCCAUUGAAUCAAAUAUUGGAGAUCUUGCAGCUCUGGAGUUUAUGAUUGAUGCCUUGGUAUCGAAAGGUGAUAUAUCUAGUAGCACGAUAUCAGCUUUAUGGGAUUUCUUUUGCUUUAAUGUUGGUGGAACCACAGCAGAGCAAAGCCGGGGUGCAUUAUCUGUUCUUUGCAUGGCAUCAAAAUCAUCUGCUGGUAUUGUUGGCUCUCAUAUACAGGACAUCAUCGACAUCGGGUUUGGUCGAUGGUCCAAGGUGGACCCUUUACUUGCCAGGACAGCGUGCAUUGCCAUCCAGAGACUGUCUGAAAAUGACAAAAAAAAGUUGUUGGCUGGUAAUGGCUGCCGGGUUUUUGAUAAGCUGGAAAGCUUGAUUACUAGUUCUUGGCUUCCAGAGAAGAUAUGGUAUGCUGCUGCUGAUAAAGCCAUAGCAGCUGUAUAUUCAAUUCAUCCGUCUCCUGAAGUCUUAGCAGCAAAUUUGGUUAAAAAAUCCCUUACUUUCGUUUUUAAUGGUAACAAGGAAGAUGAACUGCAAGCUGACAUUGAAGGUGGAAAUGGUGACAUAUUAACUACUGUCCACAUAGAGAAACUUAGUAGAUAUUUAUUUAUCGCAAGUCAUGUAGCCAUGAACCAAUUAGUAUAUAUCGAAUCGUGUACCCGAAAGAUUCAGAAACAAAAAGCGAAGGAAAAAAUGGUUGUUGAUGGUCAGACUGUACACGGUAAUGGUGCAACAGUAGCUAAUGGCGAGAAGGAAGAUGGCAUCAAUGCUGAGCUAGGCCUUGCUGCUUCUGAAGAUGCAAUUGUUGAUUCUCUUUCAGAGAAGGCGGAAAAAGAAAUUGUUUUUGGUAAUUCAGGAGGGAAGAAUUUAAUAGGACACUGUGCACCAUUUCUUUCCAGGCUUUGCAGAAAUUUUAGCCUGAUGCAUAAGUUCCCAGAUCUACAAGCAUCUGCCAUGCUUGCUUUAUGUCGUUUAAUGAUCAUUGAUGCAGAUUUUUGCUAUGCAAAUCUUCAACUUCUUUUCACGGUUGUAGAAACCGCACCAUCAGAUAUUGUUCGUUCCAAUUGUACUAUUGCUUUAGGAGAUUUGGCUGUUCGUUUCCCUAAUCUCUUGGAACCAUGGACUGAAAAUAUGUAUGCCAGGUUGAAGGAUCCUUCCAAUUCUGUUAGGAAGAAUGCUGUAUUGGUGCUUUCUCAUCUCAUAUUAAAUGAUAUGAUGAAGGUAAAAGGUUAUAUAAAUGAAAUGACUCUACGUUUAGAAGAUAAGGAUGAGAGAAUAUCAAAUCUGGCCAAACUAUUUUUCCAUGAGCUGUCUAAGAAAGGAGCAAAUCCUAUAUACAAUCUACUACCAGAUAUAUUAGGAAAGCUUUGUAAUCAAAAUCUACAGAGAGAGUCCUUUUGUAACAUCAUGCAAUUCUUGAUUGGCUCCAUCAAGAGGGAUAAACAAAUGGAGUCACUCGUGGAAAAGCUUUGCAAUAGGUUUAAUGGAGUUUCAGAUGUUAGACAGUGGGAAUAUAUUUCAUAUUGCCUUUCACAGCUUGGCUUCACUGAAAAGGGGAUGAAAAAGUUGAUAGAUUCAUUCAAGACAUACGAACACGUUGUUUCGGAGGACUCUGUAAUGGAACAUUUCAAGAGCAUCAUAAACAAGAGUAAGAAAUUUGCUAAACCAGAACUCAAGUUUUGCAUUGAAGAAUUCGAAGAAAAGCUUAACAAGACGCAUAUGGAAAGGAAGGAGCAGGAAGUUACUGCUAGAAAUGCCAAAGUUCAUCAACAGAGGAUUGGUGAUAUUGAAACUUCUGUUGUGCCGGCAAAAGAUGAAGAUGCUCCAGAGUCUGAAAUCACUGAAGAUGAAAACAUUGAAUCAUCUGAAGAUGCUGAAUCUAUAAAUGACAAUUCAGAACCUAAGUUCGUUGAGUCAGAAGAUUCUGGUACUUCCAGUCAGCUGACAGAGUCAGAAACAUGUAAAACUGAAAUUCAACCACCCCAAGUGAAGAAUGAAGGGACCUCCAAAUUGCGAGUUAAUAGAAGAAGCUCACGUAGAAGAGGCAUUUCUGCGUGAAGUUAAUUUUGUCUUUCUUAUGUUCUUUGCAGUUGCGAGGAAUGUGAAAAGCAAUUAAUGAAAUCAAGUCUUGUGGAUUUUGUGAAAUUUGAAGUAAGAUUGAUGUUAUACUUUUAAGAACCUCUGAAGUACAAUAGAAAACAGAACCAAAUAAAUAAAUAAAUAUAU